AUGAACAUGUUAGAUGAUGAAGAUGACCAAAGCUUUCACGCUACGCGUGACGGCUACUCCCAUUUGAGCGAUGUCGAAUGGGAUGCGGUUGAACGGAUGGGUUCAACCAUGGGCAUCCAUGCUGUUAGCGUCAUGCUAGAGGCUCUCAAUAGAGAUGCCCAACAUGCUACUAUCGCCAAGUUCAUUCAAAAUGAACUUGACGCUGAACGCGAGAAAGUAGCCUUGCUUCACCAACAAGGUUCUCAACAAUCAGAGUUGUUGAGAGAACAGGGUGCUCAACAGUUUGAACUGGUGAGACAGCAGCAGCCUGCUGCUGGUGGGUCGAUGCACUCGCGUCGACCCGAGACCUUGAAGAUUGACAUCUCUAAGUAUAGGGGAGUUGAAGAGGACUCCCUCUUGAGAUGGUUCGUCGAAUUAGACGACGCCAUAAGGGCGCGUCGCAUCGACGACGGGAAUAUGUAA